CAGCAGCACCACUCGCAGUCAAGCAGCGGGACUCCAGGCACUCACUUCCCCAGCUGCUGACGUCAGCUGGCAGCCUGGGCAGUGCUCGCCGCUCCGGACAUAGCGCCGAAAAAAAUGCUGCUCUCCGUACCGCCAAGGGCAGGAAUCAACCCGUACAGCGGCUUUAACAGCAGAAACAGCAAAAAGCAGGCCUAUGUGUCCUCCGGCCACCAGAUGGCUCCCCCCAGUCCCAACAACAACAGUAGCAGCAACAACGGCAGUGGCGGAGGAGGUGGAGAACAGCUAAGUAAAACCAACCUGUAUAUCCGCGGCCUUCAUCCAGGGACUACGGACCAAGACCUGGUCAAGCUCUGCCAGCCGUAUGGCAAGAUUGUGUCAACCAAGGCCAUCUUGGAUAAAACCACAAACAAAUGUAAAGGCUAUGGCUUUGUGGACUUUGACAGUCCAGCAGCGGCUCAGAAAGCUGUUACGGCUCUGAAAUCAAGUGGCGUCCAAGCACAGAUGGCCAAACAACAGGAGCAGGACCCCACCAAUCUGUACAUUUCCAACCUGCCGGUGUCCAUGGACGAGCAAGAGCUGGAGAGCAUGCUCAAGUCCUUUGGCCAGGUCAUUUCUACACGCAUUCUGCGAGACGCCAACGGGACCAGCCGCGGUGUGGGAUUCGCCAGGAUGGAGUCCACAGAGAAGUGUGAGGCCAUUAUUCAACAUUUCAAUGGCAAAUUCAUCAAAACUCCACCAGGAGUUCCAUUGCCCACAGAGCCGUUAUUAUGUAAGUUUGCAGACGGGGGUCAGAAAAAGAGGCAGAACCAGGGAAAGUACCUCCCCAACGGAAGGCCCUGGGCCAGAGACGGCGAGACGGGAGGAAUGACGCUUGCGUAUGACCCCACAGCAUUACAAAAUGGCUUCUAUUCCUCACCAUACAGCCUGGCUCCAAACCGGAUGAUCGCCCAGACGUCUCUCUCACCUUACAUGCAUUCUCCUGUCUCAUCCUACCAGGUGCACAGCCCGUCCUGGAUGCACCAUCAGUCAUACCUCAUGCAACCAGCUGGUACAGUUCUUACCCCAGCAAUGGAUCACGCUAUGUCCAUCCAGCCAACAUCUAUGAUGGGACCUCUUGCCCAGCAGCUAAGCCACCUUUCCCUGGGCAGCACGGGAACAUAUAUUCCGGCCAACACAACUAUGCAGGGGACCUACAUCCCCCAGUACACCCCAGUGCCUCCUUCCAAUGUCCCAGUAGAGGAGAACGGUGGUCAACAGCAACAGGUUGCUAUGGAAACUCCCACAGAACACACAAACUAUUCGUACCAACACACCAAGUGAAGCUAAGCGCCAUGAGGGUAGGGGCCUUGGCCAUGUGAUGAAUCCAACCAAUCAGGGUUCAGCUAAACAAGACUCUGCUCUAUACCGUUACCAAGCAUCCGGACUUGAACAUGGAUGACAAAAGGAACGUGUGUACAUGUAUGCGAGAGAGAGUGAAAUUGUGUUUUGUGUGUGUGUGUGUGUGUGUGUGUGUGUGUGUGUGUGUGUGUGUGUGUGUGUGUGUUUGUUUCUUUGUUUGUUUGUUUGUUUUUUUCCAUUUUAAAGAAACAAGACAACACUUACGACAUUGAACGUUUCUGCUCACAAGUUGAACUACCAAAGGAGGUAAUAAUCUUCUCCAGAGAAGAUCUGAUCUAUUUUGAUAACUGCAACAAGGAACAUAAUAAAAUGUUGGAGGAAAAAAAAAAUAGGAGAAAAAUUAGCGACGAGGAAAAAAAAAACAGAGUGUUAUUUUUAUGCACGUAAUAUAACAAAUUCUUAUUUUAAAAAGAAAAGAAAUUGCAUUCUGGAUGUUUCAGAGUGAUUCAAGGAAAAGAGUUAAAACACAAUGUGUCUUUUAUUUUUUAAUUUUUUGUAAAAUAUGCAAACUUUUAAUUUCCUGAUGUUUGUUGUUUGACAUUCUAUUUGCAGCGGCGGGGCAACAGUUUGUACAGGUUUAAAAAAAAAAUGAACAGAAAGACUUUUGCUGUAUGUCGCGUCAUUGGAAUCGCGGGAGGCAAACCGUUUAAAGCUACUUCUUCCUCUAACUGCUGCAGAGAUUUCUAGUCAUGCACAAAUGAUAGAAACACAUUUUAUUUAUACUUGUUACUCCUAUUUUUAAAGCCUGAAUGAACAAAAGACAAUCAAUUAUUUCUAUUUAUAUUUGACUUCUUUUUCUGAGGGUUUUUUUUUCCCAGAAUUUUUAAAACCAUUUCAACCUUUAUUAAAAAAACAAAAAGACAUUAUUUAAUAGUAGGGUCUCUAAAGACUACAAAGAAGCCACAGAGUGAUAAGCUGACAUUUUUUGAGGAAUUGUACUAUUGGCCCUUUUCACAGUCAGACGACCACUUCUGUCCCUAGCCUUCUGCUACCUGUUUUCACUAAUGGGAUUCAAUGUAAACAAAUGAAUAAUGUAAUACAAAGUGAGAUGAGUAAUGUUUUAUUAUUUAUGAUUUUAGUAACCCUAGUGCUACAGUCUCACAGUGCCUCUGUUUCAAACGUAUUACUAAUUCUCUUAAAGGACACACAUUUAAACAGAUGGUGUCUUCAUAAAAUGUCCGUGACAUGUUGUGGUCAAAAUAACCCAAGCAUCAAGAAUAAUUAUCACCCUCCAGACUGUUUUGGCAGUGGGGAAGCUGAAAAUGAGCCACUUUUCACCUCACUUCCCCUCUACUGCAAAGUGCGCCAACAUGAGUAUGACCAGAGGCUACUACGUAUUUGCAAAUUUUGGGACCAAAUAUCGCUUUUACUUUCAAAGGGGAAAAUCAAAUCAUGAAGAGUCCUUGAACACUCCUAAAGACUGUAAAAGCAUAGAUUUUUUUUCACUCAUGAAGGCAGCUUUUCAACUGCAAUUUGUAAUUUAUGUUCGAUUUUGAUGUCAUGACAAGGCCAAAUUUGGCCUUUUUCAGAACAAGGCAGCAUGUUGUCUUUUCUCACUUGAUGGCCAGACUACUCGUAUAGAAGCAAAUAAACAGUUCAUUUUCCACUUUAAACAAAUAGCAAAUCGUGUGGCAUAAUACAACUUAGCAUAGCUGAGGGUCCCAACUUCAGCAACUAAAUAUAACGCAAAAGCAGCAGAAGGCUUGCUCGCGAACUCCGUUGCUAACCAGGCAAAGGCUACGUUAAUUUUCUACUUCAAACAAACAAGUAGCAAAUAGUCUGGUGUAAAUGAUCUUAACACAAAUGAGGGUCACGAUUUCAGCAAAUAUGAACCAAAAGCAGCAGCAAAUUAGCUAGCGUCAUUGCUUGCGAAACAGGCUAAGGGCUAACAACAGAGCGGCUUUUCCAACUCUCUUUUUGGCUAAAAACAAGUCUGAACCGUGAAAUGAUGCGGAUCUCAUCUCUGUUUACUCACAAAGGGACUUACUCGGUGUCAAGUCAUCACAAUACGUCACUGGCAUAAUGUACAUAGACGGCUCUAUCCCUAUUUGUCGCUAGCAUAGAGAAAUGAACAAAGUUAUAGUUAUUAUUAAUGAAUGAUAUUUUCCUGCGGCACCCCUUUCAUUGCACCCUGGUUGGGAAUCACUGCUCUCGAAUAAGCUUGACUUUUUUUUUUUCUUCAUGGUUGCAGGGUAUUUUACAGUAAUAACAACAUGAAGUUCACUUUACGCUUUACUCAUUUAUUUACAUUGUAUUCCCGUUACAAUUUGUGGAGCUGGAGACAAUCCCAGGACGAUAGCGUCUGAACAUCAUAGUUAAAACGGUCUGUUUUGAGGGCACAGGACUAGGAUUCCACAGCGUUUCUGGUGAUUUUAUGAGUUUUUAAUGUGAUCGGUGUUCUGUGUAUGUGGUGCACGCAGGCUGUAGAUCAGCAUGACGCCUGUUCACGCUCCUCACGCCCAUGUUGAGAAGUGGUUUUAAGCGGUUUUGUUGAAGCAACUCUUCAAAGCAUCGUUCAAUUGGUCCUCCUGUCGCGAGGAGGGGACGUGCAUCGGUGAAAUGACCGCAGUUGUUCAUUCGAGAUAACAUGAGGGAACUCCAAUUGAAGAUUUCCGAGUGAUUGGUUGCAAAGGGAGCUGUAGGUCUUUUCUCAAUGCUGCUGUUGUCACCUGAUUUCGAGUCAUUGAUUGUCUAGUUGUUGUUUUUUUUUUUUUUUUUUUUCCUGUUGGUAAGUUUUUCCUUUUGACUGUCACUUGAAAACCUUUUGAGCUAACCUGCCUUAUUUUUUUGUUUAUCUUCGAAGUAGAUGACAUUUUAGCUGUAGAGAGAUAGCAUUCGAUGUUAGUUUGUAGGUGUUAGUUUUGACGUUUUCUUGCUCAACAUCACGGUUUCUCGUGUUUUGAUUCACAGGGGUCUCUGUUCCUUUUGUUGUGCUGUUGAGCCUUUUUGUUUAAAAAAAGAAAGAAAAAAGUUUUUUUUUUUUUUUUUUAAAAACCUUUGCAAGUGGACAGCUAAACCAAAUCCUGACUUUGUUUGCUGACUCGAAACAUUCAUACGGACGCUGCAUCAGUGUCGUAGUUCAAGAUGAGGCUUUGACCAUACGACAAGCCAUUGCAUCCACACAAGUUUUCGUUCACGCACACGUUACAAACUGCAAACCUCUUGGCUUUUCAAAGAUUGAUCACUAGACCGUAAGAGUGCCAUUCAAGAGGGUAUUCAUGCCCAUUUUCCACUGCACGGUUAAUAGGAAAGGCUUGGUUUGACUUGCCGCCGGGUGGGGUGGAUUCCACCUCAAAAUAUUGCAUGUGAAACUGCAAAAAAAAAAAAAAAAAAGUCUCUUCAAACACAUCAAUCGCAACAAACACAUGCGAAUCGAGUAACAAAGAAGCACAAGGCUCUCUCUUUACUUCACAGCAUGUGGCUGUUUUUAUUCAAAAGUGAAACUGAGGGAACCAAUCGCUGCAGGACGUUGAAGUUGGUGGAGUCGUACAUCAAGUAGUGUGCAUUACUGCGGCACCAGGCAAAGCUAAUAUUAGCAUGUGGAAAAGGGGCAUACGUAUCUUUGAUUAGUGAGUGAAACAAAGUCAUCUGGAAAUCCUAAUUCUAGCAAAGCCUUAAUGUUCUUUUCUUUGUGUGAACUGCCUCAAAUUCCAAGGAAUGUCACUACAUAUGACAGUAACCAACUUGUUGGAAAGACAUCGAGUUAACCAUAAUUUUGGUUGGCCGGAGCUAAGCUGUUCAUCAGGUUUGGCUGCGGCACCAAAAAACAUGCUGACUCUCUCUAUUUUUUUUUACAUGUUUUGUGUGAUAUGUUGUUCAUUUGUGCAACCAAAGAUGUUGUUGUCACCCAUACAUUCACGUUCGUAUGUUGCUCUCAGCAAGACGUGCGAUGCGAGCCGGACAAACUGCUUUUAUUCUGAAUGACUCAGGAGGGCAAUGGCGUUUUCAUGCACUCUGAAUCCAACGUGGUUUUGUUUCCACUUGGAAAGUAAUUGGGGAGGGGGGGAGUACAGUCCCAUGCUUAUAUACAGCAUGCGAAGGAAGGCUGCAGUGCAAGUAAACAUAGUGGGCUUAGCAGGCUUCCAGGAGGAGCACCUUGUGCAGCUUGAGAGAGCACAUUUUGUACAUAGUUUUUGUUUUUCCCUUUAUGUUGACACCUUUUUUCCCCCCUGUGUGGGUGUGUUUUCAUGACUUUUAUUCUUUGUUUGAUAAACUGUCCGGAUCACACAGACGCUAGCACGUCAUCUGAACCAAUCGCGCCAUGAAGGAGUAUGUCAUGGAAAAUAUCUAUAUGAGAGAAAUGGUAUAUUCAAUGUGUUAGCCAUCACUAUGAACACACACACACACAUACACAAAAGGAUUUUGGAACUAUGAAAUGACUACUUUGUUACAAUGCAGUGUUUAUUUAUUUGACCGUUUUUACCAAAUUAUAAGCAAACCUAACGUUACAGUUUAUGUACGAUGCCGGAAAAGGAAUCUGCAUCAUGAAAAGUUACUUUGAAUUGUGUCAGACUCUAUUCUGAUGAAUGGUCCACAGUUUCUCUCCAUGCACUUAUUUUGUACUUACAAACAAUUUGAUAGAAGUCAUCCUUAAAGAGACUGAUGGCUUAUUUCAUAGCUUCAAAAUGUUUUGCUGCUAAAACAGGACUUCUCAACAGGUUGUAGGUUGUUGCCCUGUGUGCAUUUUCUAAAUCUUUCGUUUUGGUAUCACAUCGAGGAAUCUACAAUUUCCAUCAUUACUGGUAUACAGUACAUAUUAAAA